AUGGAGGAUCUCCCUCACCACUUCUUCACUGACAUUUUCGGUGGUGCCCCGCGCCCACGUAGCAUAUUCUCCCACCAAAUAUCCGCCAACGCUAGCUUCUACGAUGACGUCUUCUGCCCGACGGAGGAGGCGCCGCCGCCGCCGUCGCUGAGGCGGAGGGGACGGAAUUUGCCCCUUUUUGAUAUUCCUUCGUUGCAGCUUAACCAAAAGAGUCGUUCCUUCGUACACAUUUUUGGGUUGGAUGCGAAGAAGAAGAAGAAGGAGAAGAGGUUGUAUUCCGAAUACGACGACGUUGCUAUGUCAGCGGCGAAGCUCAGAGCAAUGGACAUCAAGACCAAGUGGAAUUCCACGAGAAACGGAGAUUCCGAUCAUAAAAAGUGGGCACUAUUUUCCGAUUUGGAUUGUGAUAACAAAUUAGGGGGCUGCCCUCCUCGAAUCGAGGAAAAUGUUACUAACAUGGAGCAGAUAAAAGCAGAAAUAAUUGAUGAAGAAAUGGAAAUUGAUGAAGAUGAUUUUGUGAGCUCAUACGUUAUAGAUCUUGAUUGUUGCAGUAGAGAAACUGCAAGUGCUUAUGUACCGAGCGACGUUGAUGAAGCGAUCGCGUGGGCCAAGCAAAGGUUUCACUCCCAAGAGAAACCCACACUUGCCACAGGAGUGAUGGAUGAUGAGUCAAGAGGGGUUGAGAAAGAGGAUGAUAAGAGCAUAGUUGAUGAAAAGAUAAGGUUGUGGUUGAGCGGCAAGGAAUCCGAUAUCCGGCUGCUAUUGUCCUCCCUUCAUCAGAUCGUAUGGCCUAACAGCGGGUGGAUGGCGAUCCCUCUAGCGAAACUAAUGGAGAGCUCCCAAGUGAAGAAAGCUUAUCAAAAAGCAAUUCUAUGCCUACAUCCAGACAAGCUUCAGCAAAGAGGAGCAUCACUCAUACACAAGUACAUUGCACACAAAGUCUUCGCCGCUCUUCAAGAUGCUUGGACAUCAUUUAGCUCCCUGGAUGUCUCCAAAAUCUAUUGA